GAAGUCAGGGUGUUAGAAAGGUUGAUUCUAUUGAGCAGAUGAAAGAGCAUGCAGAAAAGCUUCUGUCUACUAUAACUAUAAUUGAUGGCCAAUAUUGUUCUGAGUAUGGUGAUACUUUAAUUCUUGAAGAAUAUUUAGAAGGAGAAGAAAUAACAGUUACCAUUAUGCCACCUGGAAUAUACGAUGUUAACUUUAAAACUAUCACCCAUAAUAAAUAUUGGCAUUUACCACUAGUAAAGAGAUUUAAUCACAAUAAUGGUAUUGCUCCAUAUAAUGGAGUUGUUGCUGUAAUCGAAAACAGUGCACUUGUAAGCAAUGAGGAAAUGCAAAACCCAGUAUAUAAAAGAGUUGCUCAAGAUUGUGAAAAGGUAGCACAAAUUAUGAGACCAUUAGCACCAAUUCGUAUAGACUGUCGCAGGGUAGCAUCAGAAAAACCAUUUGCUUUGUUUGAUAUAAAUAUGAAACCUAAUAUGACAGGACCUGGCCGCCCUGGACGAAAUAUACAAAGUAGCUUAAGUUGUAUAGCUGCAAAUGGCAUAGGAUGGAACUAUCCAGACCUUCUUAAGGCUAUGUUACAUCAAGCUUGGCAGAUUAAGAAAUUUAUUAGAUGA